UUUGAAUUUUGGGCGAAGCAAGCCCUAGAUUUUCCCUUCAAAGGGAGCGGUUUUAGUCCCCACCUCUCCAACGCUCAUCAACAAAGUUUUGAGGCUGUUUUGUUGCCACCUUUCGACUUAGAUCGCAGCUUUUUCAGUUGCUCUGAUCGAUUCCAAGCUUCAGCAGGGUGUUAUUGUUUGGGGAUGAUGUUGUCGGCUGCGCCAAAUCCAGUGGCUCAUUUGGUGGCUAGAAGCUCAUUGGAGGUAAUGCUGGACACCUUGAGGCAGAGGGAUGAGCAGCCGAAGGAUUUGCCGCCGGCGUUGCCGGCCCGGCCCACCUCGAGAGGUCGCUUGCCCUCUUCUAGGAGGUCUUUGCCGAUCGGGCUUAAGCUCGAUAUGAGUUCUUCGCCCAAAAUGUUCCUCGUGGAGUCCACGAAGAAGGAAGAGAGCAUUGGGGAACAAAGUCCGAAGAAAGGAAAGGAAGUGGUUUUCAGAAGUGGGAUUUUCGGAAACAAGAGGAUUUGUAAAGUGGAUGAGGGAGAAGAAUCUCCUUAUGCUAAGAAGAUGGAGACUGAAAAGUGCGAGGAGAGGGUGGAGGAGGAAAACAGUGAGGAGCCUCCCGCCGUUCCCUCUCCUUUGGAAGUUCCGAUCGAGGGGAAGUUGGGUAGUGCUGACACUAUAGAUUCUGUUCUAAAGAAGAAGCUACGAGUCUGGUGUCGGCUUCCAGAUGCCAAGUGGGAGUUGGGGAAGAUUCAGUCAUUCUCAGGAGAUGAAGCUCUUAUUUCUCUAUCUGAUGGCAAAGUUUUAACAGUUUGCUUGGAUAAUCUCUUACCUGCAAACCCGAAUAUCCUUGAUGGCGUGGAUGAUCUUAUACAGCUCAGUUACUUAAACGAACCUUCAGUUCUUCACAAUCUUCAGUUUAGAUAUUCACGCGAUUUGGUUUAUACAAGAGCAGGACCUGUUUUGGUUGCAAUUAAUCCGUUUAAAGAGGUGGCCCUUUAUGGAAAAGAUUUCAUCACAGCCUACAGGAAGAAUCUUAUGGACAGUCCACAUGUCUAUGCAGUAGCAGAUACUGCUUUCAAUGAAAUGAUGAAAGAUGGAGUGAAUCAAUCUAUCAUCAUAAGUGGUGAGAGUGGAGCAGGAAAAACUGAGACAGCAAAAAUAGCAAUGCAAUACUUAGCUGCUCUUGGGGGUGGCAGUGGAAUUGAAUAUGAAGUCCUGCAGACUAGUUUAGUUCUAGAGUCGUUUGGUAAUGCAAAAACAUCUAGAAAUGACAACUCAAGCAGAUUUGGGAAGCUGACUGAGAUACAUUUUUGUGCAACUGGAAAAAUAUGUGGUGCCAAAAUCCGGACAUUCCUACUUGAAAAGUCAAGGGUUGUUCAAAGGGCUUCCGGAGAAAGGUCAUAUCAUGUUUUCUAUCAACUUUGUGCCGGAGCUCCUCUUUUUCUUAAAGAGAAGCUGAAUCUAAAGGCUGCCAGCAAAUAUGAAUAUCUGAAACAGAGUGAUUGUUUGACAAUUGAUGCUGUUGAUGACGCUAAAAGAUUUCAUAUGUUGAUGGAAGCCUUGGAAAUCGUCCAAAUAUCCAAGGAAGAUCAAAUGAAAGCAUUUUCCAUGCUUGCAGCAAUCUUGUGGCUGGGAAAUAUUACCUUUUCAGUAAUAGAUAAUGAAAGCCAUGUGGAAGUUGUUUCAAGUGAAGGUCUAGCUAAUGCUGCAAAAUUGCUGGGCUGUGAAGUUCCUGACUUGAUGGUAGCUUUAUCAACUCGCAACAUACGAGCAGGCAAUGAUAAUAUUGUCCAAAAGCUUACAUUAACUCAGGCCAUUGACGGUAGGGAUGCACUAGCAAAGUCGAUUUAUUCGAACUUAUUCGACUGGCUUGUUGAGCAAAUCAAUAAGUCACUUGAAGUAGGCAAAAACCAUACGGGAAAUUCCAUAUGCAUUUUGGAUAUUUACGGGUUCGAAUCCUUUCAUAAGAACGGAUUUGAGCAGUUCUGCAUAAACUAUGCCAAUGAAAGGUUACAACAGCACUUUAAUCGCCAUCUUUUCAAACUUGAACAAGAGGAAUACACUGGGGAUGGAAUUGAUUGGACGAAUGUUGAUUUCGUGGAUAACAAUGAUUGUCUAAAUCUCUUCGAAAAGAAACCUCUAGGCCUGUUGUCUUUGUUGGAUGAAGAGUCUACAUUCCCCAAGGCAACUGAUCUGACCUUUGCUAAAAAGCUUAAGCAGCACUUGAGUGGUAAUCCCUGCUUUAAGGGGGAAAGUAAUGGUGCUUUUAGGGUUUCUCAUUAUGCUGGAGAGGUAAUCUACAACACAAGUGGUUUUCUGGAGAAGAAUAGAGAUCCAUUGCAUUUGGAUUCUAUCCAGCUACUCUUUUCAUGCAGUAGUGAACUUCCAAAGUUAUUUGCCUCUCGCAUACUUGAUCAAUCUCAGAAGAAAUCGGGUUCUUCUCGACAACGAACUGCCGACUUACAGAAACAAAGUGUAGGGACAAAUUUCAAGGCUCAACUAUUUAAGCUGAUGCAAAGGUUAGAGGACACCACUCCUUACUUCAUUCGAUGCAUUAAACCAAAUAGUAAGCAGCAUCCGGGCAUGUACGAGUAUGAUCUUGUAUUACAACAGCUUAGAUGCUGUGGCGUACUGGAAGUUGUUCGAAUAUCUAGGGCUGGCUACCCAACUAGGAUGACACAUCAGCAAUUUGCAGAAAGAUAUGGAUUUCUUCUCUUAGAGAACGUAGCUUCUCAGGAUCCACUCAGCAUUUCAAUUGCUACACUGCAGCAGUUUAAUGUCCCUCCUGAGAUGUAUCAAGUUGGUUACACAAAGUUAUUUUUCCGCACUGGACAGGUUGCUGCACUGGAAGAUGCCAGGAAUCGAGCAUUCCAAGGGAUUAUUUGGGCUCAGAAAUCCUUCCGUCGUCUUCAAGCUCAUCGCUAUUAUCUAGGACUCAAAAUAGGAGCUACUACUUUGCAGUCCUUUGUAAGAGGUGAAAAAGCACGGCUCAAAUUUUAUCUCUUGUUAAAGAGGUGGAGGGCAGCUAUUCUUAUACAAAAACACGUUAGGAGGUGGAUUAUGAAGACAAAGUUUGAUGAUCAGCAAAAGGAUGUUAUUCUUUUACAGUCAGUGAUUCGUGGGUAUUUGGCAAGGAAGCAAUAUACAGUUGUACAAAAUUGUGAGGUUUCAAAACUCAAUCAUGUGCAACUUACAACGGUUGCAGACAAAAAUCCUGAACGAAUCAAGGUUCUCCAUGAAAAGAGCAAGGAGCAUCCUCAGGUGGACCCUUCAAUUCUAGCUGAACUGCAGCGGCGAGUUUUGAGAGCAGAAGCAGCAUUAAGAGAGAAGGAAGAGGAGAAUUCUAUCUUAAAACAGCAACUCCAACAAUACGAGCAGAGGUGGUCGGGUUAUGAGGCAAAGAUGCAGUCAAUGGAAGAGAUGUGGCAGAAACAGCUCACUUCUUUACAGCUGAGCCUUGCUGUGGCUAAAAAGAGCCUUGCUUCUGAUAAUUUGCCGACUCAACAACAUGGAAAGACCGAUGAUGCCUCGCCGAUUAACCAUUAUUACGAAUCUGAAGAUACAAUGUCUGUUGAUUUUCGCACGCCCGAAAGCACACCUAUGAAAGAACCCAACAGUUCUGAACGCGGAGUAAUGAGAACUCCUGAUGAUGGAGCCCAUAGUGCAGUUAGCUACCUCGUGAAGGAAUUUGAGCAUAGGAAACAAGUCUUCGAGGAUGAUGCCGGGUUCCUUGUUGCAGUGAAAUCAGGCCAAGUGGGCUUGGACAUAAGCCCGGACGAAGAGCUUCGGAAACUAAAAGCCCGGUUUGCUGCCUGGAAGAAAGAAUAUAAAGGUCGGUUAAGGGAGACGAAGGCGGCACUUCACAAACUUAACUCUCACGAGGAGAAAACACGCAAAAGAUGGUGGGGAAAGAGGUCUACGAAAUGAAUCAAAUAAUUUAUAAUCUGAUGUCUUUCCUAGAUUGUGGCUGUUUCCAGUUUGCCAGGGCAAAACUUGGAUUGUUUAGGUUGAGGCAUGAAAUGAGGGAUUAUUCAUAUUUAUCCCUUUAUAGCAGAGCAGGCAUAUAUGCAUAUUCCCGGUAAUCCUAACUCUUCUAAGCACUCUGCGGAGCAUUGUAUAUCUUCAAAUAUUUUUCCCCCUUUUCAAAGGAUAAAUAAGAAAAAAGGGGGAAAAAAAGAGAGAUGUUCAGUCCUUAUCCGCGAUGUAUGGAAUGGUGCAGGUGUAAGCAUUGUACAUGAGGAGUUUUUGAAGGAAAAGGAACUCAAUUAUCCAAUGUAUCAACAUUAUUACCAUUUUAUUGUUUUGCUUGGGGAAGUUAAUUUCA